AUGGACAAGGGUAGCAACCUGGAACGGGUAUUGGGGAUGGUGUGGCGACCACAAGAGGAUGUCUUCGUAUUCUCGAUGACUUUCCGGGAGGAUCUGCAACGUCUAAUGGAUGGAUCCGUUGUGCUGACCAAACGCCAAGUCCUGAGCUUAGUCAUGAGUGUGUUCGAUCCAUUAGGGAUGAUCGCUCCCUUCGUAGUUCAUGGAAAGACGAUAGUUCAGAAAGCGUGGCGAUCCGGAAUUGGCUGGGAUGAGCCGCUACCUGCAGAUAUCGUACCCCGGUGGGAAAACAGUACUGCAUACGCCGCCGCAGCCUACUUCCGGAUAGUAGAUGGCGGUAAAAUACGCUGCAGUCUCGUGUCUGCAAAAACCAAGGUGGCGCAGAUUAAGUUCCUUUCAGUGCCACGGUUGGAGCUACAAGCAGCCGUAAUUGGAACACGACUUAUGAAGUCCAUCAUAGCAAAUCACACGUUGCAGAUCAAGCGCAAAGUAUUGUGGAGCGAUUCUUCCACGGUCUUGAACUGGCUUCGGUCAGACCCGCGAAAGUACAAGCAGUAUGUAGCGUUCCGGGUAACAGAAAUUCUGGAUGAAACGGAGGUCAGCGAUUGGAAGAAGGUGCCCACGAGAAUGAACGUAGCCGAUGAAGCCACCAAGUGGGGUCAUGGACCAUGUUUCGAAGAACAGAGCAGGUGGUUCAAGGCCCCAGAGUUCCUGUAUAAGCCGGAGUGUAGCUGGCCAGAGGAAGCGGUAGAGUUGACAACAGCCGAAGAAUUAAGGAUGGUCCAUGUGCACCAGCUGCCACCGACGCAGCCAGUCAUCGAGUUCAAACGGUUUUCAAAGUGGGAAAGGUUAACCCGCACAGUAGCAUUCGUUCUACGGUUUGGCUGCAGGCAGAAGGGCAAGGACGAAUUAAAGAAGGACGGAGAAGUAACCUUGAGCAGUGAGGAGUGUAAACUAGCGGAGUCAACCGUGUUUAAGCUGAUCCAAGCGAGUGAAUACCCGGACGAAUGCAAAAUUCUGCGAAAAAAUCACCAAGUGCAGCUAGAGCAACGUAAGCGAAUCCAGAAGAGCAGUCGGAUAUUCAAACUAUCUCCGUUUCUAGACCCAACCGGAGUCAUGCGAAUGGGAUCACGCAUCGCUGCCGCGGAGUGCGUUUCAGAUGAAGCCAAGUUUCCCGUGAUCUUGCCGAAGGAUCACUACGUCACGCAGCUAGUGAUUAACUGGUAUCAUAAGAAGUAUAGACACGCGAACAACGAAACGGUGGUGAACGAAAUGCGGCAGAAGUUCCACGUCUCAGAACUGCGAACAGCCGUCAAGAAGGUGGCAAGUUGCUGUAACUGGUGUAGAGUCUACAAAUCGAAACCACAAGUCCCACCGAUGGCUCCACUGCCUUCGGCUCGCCUUACGCCGUAUGUCAGGGCUUUCACCUUUACGGGACUGGACUAUUUCGGUCCGAUCACUGUUCGCUUUGGCCGUGGUGGUGUUAAAAGGUGGGUUGCGCUCUUCACCUGCCUAGGAACCCGAGCAGUCCACUUAGAAGUCGCCUACACUCUGUCUUCCGAAUUCUGCAAGAUGGCAAUACGUAGGUUCAUUGCCCGCCGAGGUGCGCCACAGGAAAUCUACUCAGAUCAAGGCACCAAUUUCCAAGGUGCUAGUACGGAGCUAAGGCAGCAAAUCGGUGCCAUCAAUCGGGAUCUAGCGGGGACGUUCACAAACGUAGACACGCAGUGGAAGCUCAACCCUCCUUACGCACCCCAUAUGGGAGGCAUAUGGGAAAGGCUGGUGCGCUCAGUCAAGACUGGACUGGCAUACAUGGAGUUGUCAAAGAAUCCGAAUGAGGAGACCUUGCGAGGAAUGCACAGCCUUGACACCGAACCACUUUCUACUGUUGAGUUCAAGCGGAGUGGUUCAACGGCGGUUCAGCCAAUCGAGGAGAAUAUGGCAUUGCGGUUGAACUGGAAGCAGGUUCAGGUAAUGCUGGAUCGCUUUUGGGUGCGGUGGAUCAGGGAAUACCUGCCUGUCAUCUCCCGACAACCAAAGUGGUUUGGAGAGGUCACUUCAAUCAACAUUGGAGAUUUGGUUGUCGUUGUGAACGAGAGUUGUGCUUUCAUUGCAUACACAUCACAACCAGCUCAGCAGACCGCUCGCAAGUCCACUGGAGGAAAGGCUCCUCGCAAGCAGUUGGUAACGAAGGCCGCUCGCAAGAGCGCUCCAGCCACCGGAGGAGUAAAGAAGCCCCAUCGCUACCGGCCAGGCACAGUCGCCUUGCGUGAGAUCCGUCGCUAUCAGAAAUCCACCGAACUGCCGAUCCGAAAGUUGCCUUUCCAACGUCUGGUCCGUGAAAUUGCCCAGGACUUCAAGACCGAUCUGCGCUUCCAGAGCUCAGCUGUUAUGGCUCUGCAGUAA